CUGCACUACGGGACCCUCCUGGGCAGCAGAGCUUGUGCCCACAUGGCAGCGGCUGCCUGGGCCAGUGCCUUCCUCUAUUCACUGCUGCACACGGCCAAUACAUUUUCCCUGCCCCUGUGCCAUGGCAAUGCCCUGGACCGGUUCUUCUGUGAAAUCCCCCAGAUUCUCAAGCUCUCCUGCUCACAUUCCAAACUCAGGGAACGUGGACUCCUUGUGGUUGGUGCAUCCUUAGGUUUUGGUUGUUUUGUGUACAUGGUUUUCUCCUAUGUGCAGAUCUUCAAGGCUGUGAUGAGGAUCCCCUCUGAGCAGGGGCGGCACAAAGCCUUUUCCACCUGCCUCCCUCACCUGGCUGUGGUCUCUCUCUUUUUCAGCAGUGGCUUUUUUGCCUACCUGAAGCCCCCUUCUAUCUCCUCCCCAUCCCUGGACCUGGCAGUGUCAGUUCUGUACUCGGUGGUGCCUCCACUCACAGACUGUGUCAAUGAGGAGCUGUGCUCUCGGUUGCUUUAA